AUGCCGUCUUGGAAGGAUGGAGAGGAGAGCAGCGACGAGGAGGAGCUGGUCGGCAUGGAUCUCGAGCAGCACUGGGCGAACCCUGGCACCACUAUAGAUGCAUCCUUCUGUGGUAGAGCUGCAGAUGCAAGCAUCACAUGUAGACUGCACUUGGCCCCAUGCAUGAAAUAUGUUGCAUUUGAAGGAAAGGACACUGGGAGGAGGUUCUAUGGAUGUGUUGUUCCUCAGUUGCAAGAAUCAAAUUAUGAUGGUAUUGAUUGUGGAGUUCCUCAGUGGGUUGAUGCCCCAUGGCCUUCUGUUCUGCAAAGAUGUUUGGUGAAGAUAUGGGAGAUGUUUCAUGAGGAGAACCAUGGUAGAAUGAUUGACCAUGAGAAGUAUAAGAAAGAGUUGGACAAGGUGAACAAGCAGUUGGAUACACUUGGGGAUCAGUACAGUCAGCUGGUUGAGGAUGUCACCAAGAUGUUUGAUUGGGCAGAUCAGAACAACAGGGUCAUGAGUGAUGAAGAGUUCAAGCAGAAGCAGAUGGAUGUGGACAAGGACAUGGAGAAGCUAGCUAUCAGCAAGGAGAAGGAGAGUGCUGACUUUGGCAAGAUGAAGGAGAUGGAGAAGCUGGCUCAGGAGCUCAAGGAGAUGUAG